AUGAUAGCAAAAUUUGAAAAGCUACGUCCCCACAAGUUCCUUGGUGGACCAAACCCCCAUGAAGCUGAAGCUUGGUUAAGACAAAUUAAGAAGUUGCUAGAUACUUCCGACAUCCGAAAUGAACAAGAUAGAGUGACCAUGGCGGCAUUUCAAAUGGAAGGGAAAGCAGAUCAUUGGUGGGAAAUGAUCAAAAGUACUCGACAAGUAGAGACAUUAACUUGGAGACAGUUCGAAGACCUGUUCAUGGAAAAGUAUUUUCCUAACUCGUUAAGACAAGAAAUGAUUCAAGAGUUCCUUCAACUGAAACAAGGAAAAAUGUCAGUCGCUCAAUAUGCGAACCGUUUUGAAGCUCUUUCACGGUACGCUUCAGCCAUAGUAGCAAAUGAAGAGGAUAAGGUUAGGCGAUUCGAAUGGGGCUUGGACACAGACAUUAGAGGAAGAUUGAUCGCAGUGCAACUCUCCACCUAUGCCCAGAUGGUGGAUCGAGCUUUAAUUGUGGAACGAGAGUUAGCAGAUUCCGAACGCAUUCGAAAUCAGCGAUCAAGGAACAACAACCAACCACGCGGAGGAGGCCCAGUCCGCAACACCAGAAACCAUCCUGCACCAGCACCCUAUGCCGAAGGAAUGCAACAGCAACGAAGGCAGAAUCGAGGAAACCAGCAAGGAGGAAAAUUUGUAAGUGAGUGGAAAGGAAGAUGUUUCGGAUGUGGUCAACAGGGGCAUCGUCGAAGUGAGUGUCCUCAAGGUGGGAAGUAUUUUAUGGAUCAGCGAGGGGCACAACCAUACCACAAAUGCCAACCAGGGCAAGGUUCUAAGCCUACUCAACAUGCCCAGACCAACAAGGGGCAGCCUCAAGCCUCUAAGAAUGCAGGCCGACCAAGAACACAACCAUAA